AUGAAACGAGCUGCUGCUAAAGAUGAGAUUGGCGGGGAUGGUGUAUGGUUUCAGAAUACCAUGGAAACUUCAGCCGACACGUCAUCCAAAGAAGCUUUGAGGGAGCUGUUACGUGACUGGCAAUUGGGGACGGAUACCAACGACGACGAUCAGCUGCUGGUCUUUUUGUUUCUCUCGCAUCAUUGGGAGUUGCAAGAUGUGACAUCCAAUGCGAUGGAUCUACUCGAGGAAAUGAGUAUGGGUGGCGACGAAAAAUCAUCCAAAAAGGAUAACAUUCAUCUAAUCACAGUGAUUGGAGGAGGAGUUAUUGGCCAGAAUCAAGAAUACGAAGAGGAAGCUAGUCACCCUGUCUAUGGAAGAAAAGCCAUCAAGAAGCAAAUGUCAAUUCUUGGAGGAUAUUGCAAGAAAGAUGAAAUUAAUAAUCCGAAAUCAUCAGAAUCAUCGUCGUUGCAAGUGUUUUCCAUGUCCAACAAUGAUGCCACUGUCAAGAGGACCAUGACCACGAUGUCCAACAAUGAUGCCACUGUCAAGAGGACCAUGACCACGACAAAUCAGGAAACGAAUCCACAGCAGCCACAACCAUUUCGAUCCGAUUCCUCUCUCUUUGUCUUUAGCGAUCCUUACUGCCGCCAAAUCCAAAAUUUGUUUGGCGAAUUGCACUCGCUCAAUUGUCAAGUAGCCGGAGGCAUUUCAGUGCCCCACCAGUCGGCCCUGUACGAUCCAACCCUGGCCAUAAAUCGCGAGAUCUUGCCAAAGGGAAGUUUGGUCGGAGUCCAAUUGCCGUCCAACUAUCAGUUGCAAUGUGUGGUAUCCCAGGGUGGAUGUCGACCAGUCGGACCUACCUAUCGAGUGACCAGUGUGGAUGGACCGGCCAUUCAUGAAUUGGAUCAAGUCAAGGCACUGGAACAAUUAGAUCGUUUGUGUUCUAAUGAAAAUCAAAGUAGUGAUGAGGACGAUGGUGAUGAUACUGAUUUUGAAACAACUGUCACCAUAUUGUCCCCGAAAGACCAAGAACUUAUUCGACAAGGAGGUGUACUUGCUGGUGUCUUUUUGGAGGCAUCGUCGUGUUCUGGGGUUGACGAUCAACUCAAUGACGAUGAAUCUCCAUCACUACAACCGUCGGCCUCCAUAGAAUCAUCAUCAUCAUCAGCAGCACAGGAUUCUACUGAAGCUGAAGGCCUUGUGGAGGGCGAAUACAUGGUGAGGGAGGUGACAGGAUUCCGACCACGUUCCGGGUCUAUUCUUGUGUGUGGGCAACCUCAAGUUCAAUUAGGUGAUCUCUUUCGAUUCCAUGUUCGAUCAUCUCAAGAAGCCCUAGACGAUUGGAAGCUCUUGUUGAAGCAGACAAAAAUGGAGCAACUUUUUCUGAGUUCCAAAGCCGAUGAAGUUUCGUUGGAUGCUACUGAGUCUUCUGCUGCUGCUGGCGGAGAUGGAAAUCUAUCAUCAUCAUCAUCAUCAUCACCAUCAUCCACAACGACCACUAGUCGAAUCGUAUGUGGGAUGCAAAUAUCCAGUUUGGCACGAGGAAAAGACUUUUUUGAAACUCCCAAUGUAGAUUUGGACCAUGCCAAAAUGCUGCUCGAGUCCAAGAAAAACAGAGACAAUUUCAACGAUUCAGCAACACCACCAAUUGGUGGAUUCUUUUCCAAUGCGGAAAUUGGUCCAGUCGGCAUACGAAUGGGGGCGCAAGGCGACAGUUCCCAACCGUAUUUGCAUGGAUUUGCCACAGUCGUUGCCAUGCUGUGUGAAAUAACAACAAUUCCCAUUGACGACAGCAGUCAAGGCAGCAAUGGCUCGGAAGAUAGUGAUUUCCAAGCAACCAUUUCAAGCUCACAGUCUUCGUGGGCUUGA